CCGUUUUUUUUUUUUUCUCUUCCCGUCUCAUUUUUUUUUGUUUACGAACGACGGUUGCUUGACAGGCAGCGGGUGCCCCGCGAGGACAACGACGACUUGCAAGCGAACGGUCUGCCGCCGCCGCCACCGUUGCCGCCGCCGCCACCAGUAGUUUGUGAUAAUAAUGUUUUUGUAAAUUAGCGAUGCGAGCGAGUGCGUCGUGUUCGGAGCCCACCGAAGGUCACAUGACCACAUCUCGGCACCCGUCGUUGGCCCGUUAAACGUCCGUUUUUCGCGCGCAUAACGUACAUAAGCAUAUACGAUAAUAUUAUACACCGUACGCGGACGUGCGUGCCACACAGUCGGGCCUAUCUGUUGGCGCCACACAACAGCUGUGCCCGCGCGCAUUUUUCUUUGUAUUUUUUCUGUCGUUCGCCGUUGGCCCAUCAGCUCUCGCCGUGUGUUCCUCAGACAUCCGCGGCGCCGUCCGCCGACGACCGCAUCCCGGGUGCGACGUGCACUCCGAUUUUUGGCGGGUUUUCGCGGCCGUCGGUUAACGGUCGUCGUCGGCCCCGUCGCUGUUAGCAACCAGCGACAACUGCUACGCGGACACCGUUAAACCAUGUCCGGCAGGCCGAAGCGCCGGGGACGUCCCCCGAAGAGCCCUGGCGAGGGCAAGACAAAGUUUCAGAUGCACCUGCUGAAGAAACCCAAGUACUUGCAGAACGUCGAAACGGACGCCGUCGCUGUCUCUCCUGUCCGGCCUGCAGUGUCUUCUCGUCGCAGUGCUCCUGCUGCGUCCACGGCCAAUCGCGGCAUUGCAGCCGCUAGAACGCCGUCUCGCACCACCAGGCGUUCUACCCAAAAACCCAAGACUCCGGCCUCGGUUAAGCCCAAGACAUCUCGUCCUUCAACCAGUAAGAAGAAGAAGCCCGCUGCUCAUUCCUCGGACAAGAGUCAUGACUACCACUAUGGUUCUGACUUUGAUGAGUCCGAAAAAAGUGAAGACGAACCUUCUGACAGUGAACAGUCCGACACAAAUGUUGAAGAUGCGGAUGAUGUCAGUGAUAGUGAUUUCUCUGUUUCGGGUUUUUCUGUUGCUAGCCGUGCACGCAAAAGCAACGUCUCCUACAUUAGAAACCCAAGUCCCGAACCUUUAUGGCUCAGAGAUGAAGAGAUUCCCAAGCUGGAAUUGCCCAAGUCUUCUGAAGACCUUUUAGUGCCUAAUGAACAUGUUAUGCAAGCCUUAUGUGUUUACGAAGUAUUAAGGCGAUUUAAAAGCCAAAUAAGGUUGUCGCCUUUUCGAUUCGAAGAUUUUUGUGCUGCUCUUGUCUAUGAAGAGCAAAGUUACUUGUUGGCCGAAAUUCAUAUUAUGCUGCUUAAAGCGAUAUUACGUGAAGAAGAUUUGCAACAAACACAUUAUGGAGCGGUUGACCAAAAAGAUAGUAUUAACAGUAUUUUUUAUUUUAUGGAUACUAUUACUUGGCCCGAAGUCUUACGUUCAUAUAUAGAGUCGGAUAAAUCAUUUGAUCCAGAAGUUCUUAAGGUUUUCCACUGUGGUGAUGAAUAUCCUUUUACCAAUACUAAAAACAGAUUAACAGUACUACAAUUUCUAACUGACCAGUUUAUUACAUCCACUCCAAUUCGAGAAGAUUUUAUUCAUGAAGGCCAUAGUUUUCAAUACGAUGAUCACUGCCGAGUGUGCCAUAAAGUAGGUGACCUUUUAUGUUGUGAGACAUGUCCUGCUGUAUUUCAUUUAGAAUGUGCAGAACCUCCACUAAAUGAUGUACCUACAGAAGAUUGGCAGUGUAAUUUAUGCAAAGAACAUAAAGUUAUAGGAGUUUCUGAUUGUAUACCUGAUGAUGAGAAAUCAGGUUUAUCAUCUCGUCAGGAACACUUAGCAUAUGAUCGUCAUGGUCGUAAAUAUUGGUUUUUAGCAAGGAGGAUACUUGUUGAAAAUGAGGAAACUACUGAGUGUUGGUAUUAUACAACUGAAGAACAACUACACUUAUUAAUAGAUUCAUUGGAUUCUCAAAUGGAAUCUGUUCUUUUCAAUGAAAUACAAAAAAUUAAAGAUGAAAUUCAUAGGCAAAUGAAAAUCACUAUGGAUCUUACUCUACAAUAUCGGCCAUCUAAUCGGAAAACUUUUUUAGAAAUAGAAAACUCUAGUAUUAUAGGGAUGAGAGAAGAAAUGCAAAAAAAAAAGGAAGAAUUGGAAAAAAGUAUCAGUGAAGAAAAUGGUUGUAGUUUAAAAGAUACUAAUGAAAUAAAUGAACGUUCUAAUGAUGUAUCUAUGGACAAAAAUGAAAAUGAAGGAGGUAGUGAUGAAAAUUCUACUGAUAUUGAUGAUGGAGAACAUAAUCAUAGUUUGAGAAAUACACGUAACAGAUUUUUACGUCCAAAACCUGCACAAGCAUCACAACGCAAUACACCCGAACAGCCAAAGAAAUCUCUUUUGGCUGAUAAUUCUUCUCCAGCUCUUUUACAUAUUGAAUCCAUGGGUGCUAGGCUAACAAGAUUCAAAGCACAGCACAUAGCAGCUGGUACAUAUUUGUACAAACUUGGAAUGGACAAUGGUUUUAAAACAUAUGUAAAUCAAUAUAGUUCAAAUUCAACAGCAUUAAAUAAAAUACAAAAGAAUGAAGAACGUGACAAAAAACGAUAUAUGUCCCAUAAAUUUUCACUUACAGGAUCGGGUGAAUAUAAGUGGUGUGGACAGAUAUUUGGUUCCCGGUCGACGCUUAUUAGUACUGUUAAACAAACAAUUAUUGCAUUGGAUAACUUAUUACCAUCAUCAUUGAUGCACAUAAAUUGGUCAAUGUUACGUAAACCCUGGUUAAAUCAAGUUAACUCUUGUUCUACUCCUAAAGACUUUGCAAGAGUGAUGAUAGUUCUAAUGUCUUGCAUAAAACCAGUUGUCUACGCACCGGUUUGGCAUGAACAACUUGGUCAUGUAAAAAUGUAUCGUAUUACACAUGCGGAUCGUGAGGAAAAGAAAAAAACUGACAAAAAAGAUAAAAAAGAUAAAGAUGCUGAAGAAGAAGAGCGAAAUAGAUUGACCAUACAUUUUGUUAAAUAUACACUUGGUUUAAAACAUCAAGUUCAUAAACAAAAAGGAGAAGAGUAUAGAAUUCAUGGACAAUGGGGAUGGCAAUGGCUAUCUAAAACACGAGACUAUAAAUUAGCUGAUUCCUCUAAACAGGGUUUAGCAGGAGGUCCUGCCAAGAGAAUUUUUCAAGGCAAAGAUGACAAAGGGUUGAAAACAUUUUCAACCUCAGAAACACUUUAUGAAUCUGUAAUAAUGAAAGAAUGUAUUUUUGAUUCAGAAGUAUCAAGUGUAAUUCCUGAAGACCAAAGUGUGACACAUUUAGAUAAUAUUUCAGAUGUUGAUGUCAUGAACAUGAAAAUCCUUUCACCAGUGGACAAACUUGAUGAAAAUGUUAAUAUUAGCGAAGCAUUAUGUACUACUAGUCGUAUAUUGUAUCCAAAACUUGCCAAAAAGUGUAAAACUGAUAUGUUUUUGCCAAGAAGGAUGCAAUUAAAAUUAGCUGAAGAAAGAUCAUUAAUGGUGAAAAGUGCUCCUACUCCAAAACCAAUACCAGAGAAUGAAAUUGUUACACCUCCUAAUGUUUCUGCAAUAUCAACAGAAACUAUGAACAAAAUGAGAGAAAAAUCUUAUAUGUUGAAUACGUUACAAAAAAGAGUAAUUGAACUUAAACAGCAUUACCUUUCAUUUAAUACCAUGUCUGAACACAUGAUAUGCUAUAAUAGUAGUUGUCGAGCUGCUAAUAAAUCUAGCAUAACUUCCUCAUGUUACAGUCCUCUGUGUAUUAGACAUGUGAGUGUAAGAAAUGAACUUUUAGCAUUACUAAGAAGAAUGAACGUUUUAAAAUCUGAGUUGACUGAAUUAAAAGCAUUAGUGCCCAAAGAUCAUGUUGCUUUUAGUUCAAAGUUAGAAAAUACAUCAGGUCAAUCAGUAAAGGAAAUAAAAAUAGAGACUAGUGUGAAAAAUGAACAAGUUAUAGUGAAAAAAGAAAAUGUAGAUAUAAAAUCUGAAAAUAUCAUCUUACCUAAAGAUAUUAAAUCAGAAAAUACCCUACAGAAAGACAUUAAAUCAGGAAAUGUCACCCCACAAAAAGAUAUAAAAUCAGAAAAUGAAGAUGAACAAGAUGUAAAAGUUGAUGUCACCAGCAGUCCAACUGGACAAAGUAUUUUGAAGCCUGCGAGAAAAAGAGGUGGUGCUAAACGAGAAGGUAUUUUAGUUGAUUGUGUAGACGAUGGUCGUUUUUAUUCUACAGAUGAUACUCGAAAAAAGAUUUAUUUGAAGAAACUCCCAAGUAGUACAAUUGUUAAAAAAAAAGCAGAAAAAAUUAAUUAUCCUCCGACUUCACGAUUUUAUACACGCAGUAAACGUUCUAGUUUAUUAAUAUUACCAAAACACGAACUCCGUAAAUUAGCCAGGCAUGCAGGACAUGAUAUAGUUAAUGGUUACAAUCCAAAUAGCAAGACUAAUAAUACUGUCUGGCCUUAUCCGUGCCCUAGACCGUAUUUUAAAACAUGCUGGUUAUACAGAACAGUAAUGUUCAACACAAUAUCAGCUGCUGCUUUACAAUUAAGAAUUUUAUGGGCAUGUUUGAAAUGGGACGAAUUGACUGCUAAAACUGCCCACUUGGCUAGUAAACGAGAAGUAACUACUGAAACUGAAUUAGUUACUACUGAAACUCUUGAAUGUCGUACAUCUGGCCAAUUCAAGGAGCAUACUGAAUAUUUAAUACGUAAAGUAGUUAUACCAUUAGAUGUCCCAAGACAAGUGAGAGAGGUUACACCUAUUCGAAGUGGUUUAAGAAAACGUAAACGAGAAGAAGCUCCAAGAAAUACAGCUCCACAAGUGUCAGAAGUAUGGGUUGAUGAAAGUAAAUUAGAACUUGUAGAAAUCAAACAGUUCCAUGAAAGAGUGGAACGUGAAAUGCAGAUGCAACAAGCUAUGAAAACACGUGCAUCUUCAGCUUAUGUUAAUAAAUUAUCAAAUAAUGAUUCUUCUCAUAAUAGAAGUAUUAAUGACAAACUUCGUGUACAGAACUCUGAAACAACUGAGCACAUAAAAGAACAACUGGAGCAGUCUCUCAGAGCUCAAAGAUUAGCUUAUAAAAGGUCAUCAGUAAAUAAUGAUUUAAAUUCUUCGGGUAAAAAAAUGUGUUUAGACAAAUCAAAUUCACACAGUCCAGUAACUAGUAGUUCAACUCAACGUAUGAAACUUGUACCGGGUGAAGGAGGAAAAUUAAGACUGAUGCCUAAUAAUAAAACAGUAGUUCAAAAUUCAACUUUAAUACAAUCUUCACCUCGAAUUACUGCUAAACCUACAACUACUACUCCAUCAACACGUCGUAUAUUCAUGACCAAAUGUCCAGAUGGAAAAACCAGAUUGAUGACUACACCCAAAGCAAUUGUUUCUGACAGUGGAGUGAUGAAUCAAAAUUCAAUCAAAAUACAGUCUUCCAACUCUCAGAUAAUAACUACAAAUAAUAUAACUCAACAAAAAUUGCAAUGUAUUAAAGGUGAAGAUGGUAAAAUACAAUUAAAAGGUCUUUUGCCAGGUCAACAACUCAUUCAAUUACCUGAUGGGAAAUUGCAUGUAACUAAUUACAUAAAUCAAACCUCUUCUCCUCGAACUGUGCAAAUAGCAAAAAAUACUAUAAUAGCAAAUAAUAAUAAUUUUACAAAAUCUGGCCCUCAAACAAUUAUUUUAAACAGAGGACCACAGCCCAUUCAACAAAUUAUAAAACCUCAAAAUUCUCAGAUGGUAGUCUCUAGUGGACAGUUGGUAAAUGUUUCACAAGGACAACAAAUGAUUGUUCAACACAUUAAUCCAAAUAAAGCUACUAUAGCUACUAUAAAUGGACAACAAGUUUUGAUUCGCCCCAAUACUGUUAACUCUACCAACAUCAUAACUAGCGGUAGUCAAACAAUUAAAUUUGUACGCCCUCAACAAAAUAUACAGAAGGUGAUUCCAUCCCUGCCACCAUUAACACCACGAGCUGGUCCGUCAACAACAAAUAGCAUUGUUCAAGAUCAACAUGGAGGAUCAGUCGUUCAAAAGACUGUAUCUAUGCCAAUAGUGGAUGAACAAGAAAAAUUACUGUUAGCUAAUCAACCACCUGGUACUGUUAUUAAAUGCAUCACAGCUCAAGUUAUACAAAGUCCAACACAUGGUAAUAAGAUUGUACUACAAGGGUUGCAAGGUAACGAUUUUACUCCUCAGCAGUUGCAACUUGUACAGCAACAAGUUAAACAACAACUACUAAAAGCUCAAGAAUCCAGUGGUACUCAAGGAGUUUUAGGUCCCACAAAGAUUUACUUAGCUGUUCAACCACCUGAUUCUCAACCUUCAACUAUCCAGAAAACUAAUACUUUGACAACUAAUGCAGUUCAGACAACUUCAACUAAACCAAUUGAAUCAACUUCUCAACCAUCGACAAUACCUGCUUCAGCUAAUGUUCCUGAAAGCUCAACUCAAAUGAAAACUUCUGAACAAUCAUUAAAGUCACCACAAAAUCAAAAGCUUGUGAUUAAAGAUGAACCUGUUGAUUCCUCCUCAAACUCAUUUGUAGUAACUCCAAACUAUAUUAGUCAAUCAAUAAAAAAUGUUUUAAAAAAUGAAGAUUUAAACCCUGAGACCCAAGAAAAACUAUUACAAUUGCAGAAAUAUCAAGAACAAAAAUUGCGAGAUCCAGUGCCUCAGCCUUCAACAUGUUAUGUUAGAAAUUCACCAGAUAGAAAGCGCCCGUUAGAUUCUGAUAAAUUGUCGUCAGAAUUUGAGCCACCUAAGAAAUCCAACGAACGUGAUAAUUCUGGAUCAUUGAUAUCUCCUCCUGAACAAUCAAAACUAUAUCAGACGUUAAAGCAAGGUGAUGAUCGUCGUAAAAUUCAACAACAAUCAAAACUCCAGGUUAGCUUGUUCAAACAAAAAGAAUUAUUGAAAAAAGAUAUACUAAAAAAGAGGGCGCUUCUGGAAAAAGAAUUGCAAAUCGAUAUUCAGAAUGAAAUAGCAGCUAAUGUUACAAUUUCUACAGCUGAUUCAACAACCACAUCAAAUAAUGUGAUAACUGAAAAGUCUACCCCGGUAACACCUACUCCUCCACAGGUGACUCCUCCACCACAAGGUAGCAGUAAACGUAAACACGCUUCAGGUCCACCUACUACAAUACAGACUACACCACAUGCAAAUAGUAAUUCUAAGACAAGUAAUCUUGGACCUGGUCGACGACGUCCAGUCAAGAUAUCCCCUCCAGCACCUAGCAGAAAUCAUUCACGGCCAACAUCAUUAACCCCAACAAAGAAAUCUAGUCCAAAGAAAAGCAAGAAAGAAAAGAUCAUGUGUAUUUGUCGAACACCUUAUGACAGCUCGCAAUUUUAUGUUGGAUGUGAUAUGUGUCAUAAUUGGUUCCAUGGAUCUUGUGUAAACAUCACUGUGCAAAUGUCAAGAAAAAUAUCAGAAUGGUUUUGUCCGGAGUGUAAGCGUUCCAAAGAUCCAGAAGUUCUUUAUUGUAUAUGCAAAAAACCUUAUGAUGAUCAACAAUUUUAUAUUUGCUGUGACAAAUGUCAAGAUUGGUUUCAUGGUAGUUGUGUUGGAGUAUUACAGUGCGAAGGUGACAAAAUGGAGGACUAUAAUUGCCCUAGAUGUAUGCGUGACUCUGAAAUUAAUUUUGCUAAUUUGCAUCCAUUGAACCAACAAGACAAUGAAGACUUAUUGAAACUCAUCAAACAAAUACAGUCUCAUAAAAGUGCGUGGCCUUUCAUGGAGCCAGUUGAUCCUCAUGAAGCUCCCGAUUAUUACAAUGUGGUCAAAGAACCAAUGGACUUGAAUUGCAUUGGUAAGAAUGUGGCCAAUAAAAUGUAUAAAACAUUAACAGAUUUUAUUCGUGACAUGAUAAAAGUAUUUGACAACUGCAGAUAUUAUAAUCCACGUGAAUCGCAAUUUUAUAAAUGUGCAGAAAUUCUUGAGCAAUUCUUUGUGGCUAAACUGAAAAAUCUAAGGGACAAAAUCUGUGAGCAGUACAUGGAAGCUUAAUAAUUAUAUAGUAUAAUUUGAUAUAUUUUAUAUUAUUAUAUUUUUUUUCUGUUCAUUGAUAAAAAACAAUUUUUUUUUAUAUCAUAUCUUUUGAUUAAGAAUCUAAAUUUGCCUGCUAAAUGGUUUACUUUAUUCUUAAUUAUUUUAUUAUUAUUUUGAUAAUUAUUGAUCUUCAAAGUAAAAUGUAUAUUUUUAGUUCACUUUUAUUUGUUUACUACUGAUAUUGCCAUUUUAUAUGGACAGUUCACUGCCUUAACAACAACAAGCUAUAACAAUAUUUUAAUAACUGCUGACAUAUUAAUAGCUUACCAUUGUAAUUGUUUGUAUCAAUUUUCUAAGGAUACUAUUGUACCAGAUAGUUUUAAUCCUAAGUUACUGUUGUUUUUAUCGGUGUUUAAUGUUUGUAUAAUCGCUCAUAACACUCAUUCCAAGUAUAAAAAUCAGAAUAUAUUUUUAUCAACAUAGGUUUUUUUGUAUAAAUAAAUUAAGUGUGAAGGUGACGAUAUUUAUG